AAAUGUUAUUUAAAAAUUUAUUAAUAAAAACUGUACUAAACUCGAAUUAGUACUUGGAUAAACAUUUACUUGCAGUGGCACUUUGAGAGAGGGGGUAAAAUUAUAAUUUACUUAAAAUGAUAUAAUUUUUAAAAUAAUGGUUCCAUCAAUAUGAUAUCCUCGAAAGUUAUCUCGAAUUAUAAAAAUGUCUCUUUCAUGUUUCUUCAAAAUCAAUGGAAAAGAUAAAAUUAUAAAAUUAAGUAUAAUUCAGUAUAAAAUUAAAACAGUAAGGUUAAUUUGCAAUAGACUCUUUACCUAUGUCUUCCUUUUUACCGUUCUACUUUUUCGCGUACUGUUUUACCGAGAAUCGUGUUUUUUAUCACAUAUGUUUUUUACCUCUUCCGGAGUUUGUUAAUUUUUAUCUUACAAAUAAAGCAACAUCAAAAAGAGCAGCCUAGCUAUGUCUUCCUUUUUACCGUUCUACUUUUUCGCGCACUGUUUUAUCAAGAAUCGUGUUUCUUAUCAUAUAUGUUUCUUACCUCUUCCGGAGUUUGUUAAUUUUUAUCUUACAAAUAAAGUAACAUCAAAAAGAGCAGCAAGAGCAAGAAAACAACACAGGCAGAGAGCAUAACACGUCGAAUCUUAUUUUAAGAUUUUCUCAAUUAAGUGUCUUAAAAUAUUAAUACAACUUUAUUGGUUGAUGACCUCUUAAGACAGUACUUAAGAUCAUUUUAAAUAUAAGAUUCGUCUAUGAAUGCCGGUUUUAUAGACUAGUCUUAAGACAAAUCGGAGAGACCAAAGGCAGUACAUAAAUGCUUGUAUCAUUAACAGUUUCUGUAACAGUUAUAACGAAAACAAAAAAAUUAUAUUCGUCACGCGGUGACGUCAAGCAUUUCGGUCUACAGUGUAUAGUUCUCCUCGAAAUUAGUUCUUCGCAAAAUCAAGUUUUGCCGCGCCAAACUCGACAGGCCAGAUCAGCACGCGGCGUGUCUAAAAGAUCAUGCCCGUUUGCCACCGUCUUGCCCCUCCAUCACGCGGUCGCUCGUUUUUUCGCUCGCUCGUUCUCGCCCGCAUGCUCGCUACCUACGUAUCGCUCUAACCACAAGCGAGCUCUCCCAGUUCAGGCAAAGUGCGAAGACCGGUACGGUCGCGUUGCGUUUCCCGCUAUCUCCGGCGUAUCAGUCCGCAUGAGUUGCUCGGCGCGUGAAGGUUGACAAGACCCGACCUGCCUACACCUCUAGCCUACCUGUCGAUCGACCGAUCAAAGAGCAGUCAAUAGCAUUCGCCGUGAUGAGUGUACGCGGCAAGCAAGUGCAAAAUGGUACUUACGAAUUCGAUUACAUGCGAGUACCUGAUACCAGAACCCGCUGGGAGAUAUUUCGCGAUGGCAUCUACAAUGCGCAAGAAGGGACGUACUGCGGCCACCCGCCGAAAAAAUGGGGCAUGACUCUUAUCUUCUACGCUUGCUUCUACGCCGGACUGGCGUUACUCUUCAGCAUUUGCAUGAAAGCCAUGCUCGCCACGUUGAGUUACGAUAAACCCAAGUGGACCCUAAGUAGCAGCCUUAUAGGUACCAAUCCAGGCUUGGGAUUCCGACCAAUUUCGGAGAAUCCCGAUGAGAGAUCGCUUGUUUGGUACAGCGCAUCAAAUCCGAAUGAAAUACGGAAGUGGACGAAACGCUUGGAUACGUUUUUGGAACAAUAUACCAAUUCAUCGCUUUUGCCAAAUGGCGGUAGGAACCAACAAAUUUGCAGCUACACUAUGCCGGCAAAUCCCGGUAAUGUAUGUGCAGUUGACAUCGAUAAUUGGGGAGAAUGUUCUCCAAGUCAACAAUAUGGUUUUAACAACUCGGCACCUUGUAUUUUUAUUAAACUUAACAGGAUAUAUGGGUGGAUUCCCGAGUACUAUAACGACACUCAGAGUUUGCCACCCGAUAUGCCAAAGGAGCUAGUCAAACACAUAAAUGAAACACAACAAUUCAAAGACGCUUCAUGGCUAAAUACAGUAUGGGUAUCUUGUAAAGGAGAGAGUCCUCAUGAUAGAGAAAAUAUCGGCGAGUUGAAAUAUUAUCCCGCUGGACACGGUUUUCCAGGAUUUUAUUAUCCAUAUACAAAUAUUCCUGGAUACUUAAGUCCAGUCGUUGCCGUCCAAUUUCUCCGACCAGAAAGAAAUCAGAUCAUCAAUGUGGAGUGCCGGGCAUGGGCGAAGAAUAUCCAGUAUAGUUCAUAUAGAUCUGAAAAGAAGGGUGCCGUACAUUUUGAAUUAAUGAUCGAUGAAUGAUCUUACAUCAUAAUUGUCGAGGUCGUCUUCGACACGUCCCCGCGAUUUCAUUUUAUUGUUUAAAUAAGAAAUCGUGCACGAAACGAAAGAUUCACACGUUAGAGAGCAUUACGUGUCCGGAUUUUUUAUUACAAUGACGGAUAAUCGCUCGAGUCUAGAAAAAAAGUCAGUAGUUAAUGAAUUUGUUAUUUUUAGACGUAUUAUUCAUAUAAAUACAUAUAUAAUUAACCAAUCAGAACUCUUGCUUAUUGUCACUAGUGCGAAUUUUUAAUUCUUAAUCUUAAUAGAGUUUUCUGUUGUUUUGACGAAAAGAUUAUUUCUUGUUGAUGCAAAUACAUACAUAAAAGAUACUAAUAAUGGGAGAUAUAUAGAAUAUGAUUGACUCUUGUUCGAAAAUGUCAGUCUGACGGUAAUGACAAUUUGACAAAAUGUUAGUUUUGUACAUUUUUAACAUUAAAAACUUACUAAUCUACAUACUUAUGAAAAAAUGUGCAAUAAAUUUAAAAGUAUUAUUAUCAAA